CUAUAUUGACAUAGAAAAUGUUUUUUUACUUUCUCAGGCUGAUCAGGGGGCUCGUUUUGGACCAUGGUGCUCGCCAUCCUGACAUGAAGAAACGAGUGGAAGAUGUUUAUGUUCUUACUUGCAAUGUAUCUCUAGAAUAUGAGAAAACAGAGGUGAACUCUGGAUUCUUCUAUAAAAGUGCAGAAGAAAGAGAGAAGCUUGUAAAAGCAGAAAGAAAAUUCAUUGAAGACAGAGUGAAAAAAAUCAUAGACUUGAAAAAGAGAGUCUGUGGUGAUUCAGAUAAAGGAUUUGUUGUGAUCAACCAGAAGGGAAUUGACCCAUUUUCCUUGGAUGCACUUGCAAAAGAAGGAAUAGUUGCUUUGCGCAGAGCUAAAAGGAGGAACAUGGAAAGAUUGACCCUUGCAUGUGGUGGUACUGCCAUGAACUCUGUAGAGGAUCUCACCCCAGAAUGUCUGGGACACGCAGGGCUCAUCUAUGAGUAUACAUUGGGUGAAGAGAAAUACACUUUUAUUGAGAAAUGUGACAACCCUCGCUCCGUUACCUUGCUGAUCAGGGGACCAAAUAAGCACACACUGACACAAAUCAAGGAUGCAGUUAGAGAUGGUCUACGUGCUGUUAAAAAUGCUAUUGAGGAUGGGUGUGUGGUUCCAGGAGCAGGUGCGCUAGAAGUGGCAGUAGCUAAUGCUCUUGUUAAGCAUAAACCUAAUGUCAAAGGAAGAGCCCAGCUUGGAGUUCAAGCAUUUGCUGAUGCUCUUCUCAUCAUUCCUAAGGUUCUCGCUCAGAACUCUGGUUAUGAUCCCCAAGAAACUCUGGUGAAGGUUCAGACAGAACAUGCAGAAUCAGGGCAACUUACUGGAGUUGAUCUGAAUACUGGUGAACCAAUGGUAGCUGCAGCGGCUGGGAUUUGGGAUAAUUACAAUGUUAAAAAGCAACUGCUUCAUUCAUGCACGGUGAUUGCUAGCAAUAUUCUCUUGGUUGAUGAAAUUAUGCGAGCUGGGAUGUCAUCCCUUAAAGGCUGAAGUGGAUCUGCCUCCAUCAGCGGUGGUCAUCAAGGAAUAACUGAAGAAGUCGACCUCAAAGCAGCCUUCUCUUAGCUCUCGUGGAUUUUCGCAGCAACGGAAAUUUCACAGCUGUAACUAGAAGCACCCUUUGGUUAACAUGGCCAUUCAAAAUAUUGGCAACAACUCAAAUGUUUGAUUCUAAAAUCAAUUAUUUAUUCUUAAUUUCACUGCAGUAUACAGCUGAAGCUGCUGUCCUUUUUACCCAAUAAACUGUUAUGUUCUGUGCUUUA